GAGAGAAAAGUAUCUGCGAGUCUUGUUCUCCCUGAUUAGUUGGUAGCUUUUCCCAGCUUUCAACUAUGAGCGACAAAAAGCAGGUAGGUGAAAAACCCAGUAGCGAGGUUGCUAAUCGAUUUGGAAGCUGUAGGGAUCUGAGCGACACUGUGCCGUUGUAUCCACCGCGCUUACUUUAUCUGAAACCGCUUGCCAAAGUUUACGUGUCGAUCAAGCUGCCCCAACUGAAGACUCCAGGCAAAACAAUAUCAACAUGGGAUGUAAUGGAGAAGAUACGUGCACUCAUUCUGCCGGACGAGUUUGCAUCCCUGAAAGUGGCCAAGAGCAACCUAGAGUUUAUCUGCUUGGUGGGCUACUUGCAGGACCGGUGCAAGUUGUCAAAGGUAUUGGCCAGGUUAAGCUCCCAGAGCUUGCAUCUAACUGGAUUCCCCAAUGUUCUCAAGGUCUCAGUGACCGAGGCAAAGGACGACUUCCCAACCAGACACAGCUGGGAUUCUUACUUCAGGGAUGCAAAACACAUGAACGAGUUGAAGGCUGGCGAAAGGCCGGACACUAUCCACAUUACCGGGCUGCCGGUUAAGUGGUUUGCCGAGGAUGGUACGAACGUCCCGAGCGAGUCGCUUAUCCGUGACAUUUUCAAGAGGUGGGGCACUGUGAGGAAGGUAGAUGUGCCUACCGCAGACAUUUAUAGAUCCAGGAUGCGGCUUGGCAAUAACAUACACAAGUUUAGCUUUGAAGAUGGCAUCUUUUUCGACGCGUAUGUACAAUAUUACGAAUACAUGGAUUUUGUCAAGGCGAUGGAUGCCCUGCGUGGCAUGAAGCUGCUGAAGAAGGACGGUCAACAGUCACUGACCGCAACAAUAAAGGUUGAUUUUGACAAGACCAAGCAUUUGAGUGACAGUUCGGUGUCGCAUCGAGAAUUCGAGAGAAAGCGUUUAAUAGCGCAGGAUAAUUUAGCAGCGGAAAAACUACGAAAAAGAGAAGAGGCAGAAAAGAAGCGACGAGAGGAGCAGAAAAAAAAAGAGGCGGAAGAUUCGGUAGCAAAAGCAAGUCGGCAGCGAAAGCGAGAGGAAAAACGAAAACGAAAAGUACUCACGACCUAUCGCAAGCAAGAAGAGGACAAAGUAUCAAUGAAAAUUGCUAGGGAAGAAAAAAAAUUGAUAAAAGCUCAACGACAGUUGGAAAGCAUACGAUUAUUAGAUGAACUAUUUGAUAGGAUAAAGAUAAAAGUAGAAAAUAAUGAGAUUAAGUUGAAUCAAAGUGCGGAAACGAAGAAAGAUGAAAAGAAAAAUGAUCAAACGAAUGAAAGUGCUAAUAAAUUAGAUUCCGAAAACGACAAGAAAAAUAAAGAAAAGACCAAGAAGAAGAAAGCGAAGAAAGAAAAGAAGAAAAAUAAAAAGAGUAAGAAAUCUCAGAAAAAACGGAGAAAAGACGAUGAUUCCCGUUCUAGCACAGCCGAAGAAGAGGAAACAGAUGAAAAGACGAACAAAAAGAAACUCAAGAGCAGCGUUUUGAUAAAGAGCGAUCGCGCAUCUUCAUCGGCAGUUGUUCCAGCCGCAAAUCUUUCUUACGAACACUCUUAUUCCGAUUCUUAUUCGAUGUCGAGGAUGUCGAUGAUACCGUCAAUCGCGCCAGCGCCGUUCCAUGCGAUGAGGAUAUUGCCAAGGUAUCCAGGAGCGCAGAUGUUGAGGCCGCCAAUGCCAGACUAUUCGUUGAUUCCUCAUCAUCACAUGUUACCCAUGCCUAGGGGAAGAGGCCGAAGAUACAAUCCUCGAUGCGAUAUAAAUUCUUACGCACUGACCAAUCCUUAUUUAUACAACGGACAAUAUUAUGAAUACUUUACGCAUCUGGUGGAUCGAGAUUCGGAGCGUCAAAACUCGAAAACGCGCGGCCGUCGAAGAUCGAAGAGUAGAUCUGUCUCGAAGACGAGAACCAAAUCGAGGUCCAAGACGAAAUCCAGGAGCGUUUCCAGAUCACGUAGUAGGAGACGGAGCGAUUCACGCUCCAAAGACAAAAGAUCAAAGUCGGGCUCUAGAUCGCGAUCGCACCGUUCCAAGUCAUCCAGGAGUCAUAGCAAAUCCCGUGGUCGUCGGAAAUCGGCAAGCAGAUCCGCCUCCAGGAGGAGGACCAGAUCGGAUUCUAGAUCAAAGCGCAAGAGUGACACUAAAUCACGCAGCAGAUCAAACUCCAAAAGACGCUCGAGAUCCAGACGAAGAUCGCGAUCCAGAAGUCGCUCCAGAUCCCGGGGCAGAUCUCGUUAUAAGAAGAGACGCAGAAGAUCCUCUAGCGUUAAAGUUACGCGAGCGAGGUCACGGCCGACGUCACCCAAACGAAAAUCGCGCAGCAGUUCCUGGUCUUUACCAAAGUCCCCUGAUCGGCGAAGUUGUUCUUGGUCGAGAACGGCCGUUCCUGCGAAUAAUAUUAGUAAGCAAGACGUAAACGAGUCCAAUAAAGGGGAGGAAGCAGCGAAGACAGCAGAAGUGCAGAAGGAAACAAAGUGAUAAGUUAUUUGCAUAAUAUUAUUCCAUUUUUAUUUUAAAACGUAACAGAAACAGUUUUUUUCAAUGCAGUGCUACGUGUGACAAACUUAUUGAAGUUGAUAUAUUAGUAAUAGUAAUAUGCGAAUGUCUGAGAAAAUAUAAAUAUGACUUUUUUCUUAUAUAUGUUUUGCAAAUAAGUCUAUUAUCAGAUAGAAUUUUCUCUAAAUUUUAUUCGACAGAUUUGAUUACGAUAUUAUAUCCACUUAAAAUUACAAAUUUAUUUUGUAAAAUGACUUUCUGAUAAGAGAAAUAAUUACCAAGAUUAUUACAUAUA